AAAAUAACGUCCACCUGCUGUGUCUUUCUAACUGAAGUUUCUGUUUAUUUUCCUAUUAUAUUUUGUACAAAAAGUCCACAACCAAUUAUAUAUCAUAACACGACAUACUAAUAUACAGUAUGGUGCUAAUGAAAGGAAUAAAUUCGUUAUUUCGUAAGCCGGCGACUUUAAGGUAAAAUCCCGAAACCCUUCGAUUUUUAUUUUUAAACAGGCUAUUCGAAAGGAUACCUUUUUAUUUUUAAAUGGAAUUGUGGGUAUUGUAAUACAUUAUUUGAAAGGUCUUUUAAAUACUUAUUCAGCAAUAUGUACAUUAAUUAAUUUGCGUAUUGUCAAAUAUUAUUUAUGAAAUUUCAACAGAUUUCAUAAUAAAAUGUAUUAAGUAUUGCUAUGAUGUAUUUAUUGACAAACAAAAAUAAAUUUUGUAAAGGUCGUCACUGGUAAUGAAAUGUCUUAUCUACCUACUUUUUACCUUUUUUAAAAAUCUAGUUACCUUAUCAACAUCAACAUUAACACAUAAUUAAUUUUCUGUCAAAUGAUUGAUAGUAUUAUUGUAUUAGUAUUAGUAUUCAAAAAGUCUUGGUAUUUAUCAACAUGAAGCUGACUGAAACACAAAGAAUUGAAAUUCUAAUAAUAAUGAUUGGUUGUGGAGAUAAAACACGUAUGCAGAAAGAAGUAUCUACAUUAUUUGAUAAUAAAUACCUCAAUCGAGAACCAAUUUCACAAUCCACUACAAGCAACAUUGAGAAGAAAUUCAGAGAAAUGUCAAAGACCUCCCUAAAGAUAGUAGACAACCAAUAUCAGAAAACAAACAACUAGAUGUUCUGUUAACCUUUCAAGAUAAUCUCCAUACCAGUUCAAGGCAAGUAGCAUUAGAUAAUGACAUGGACCAUUCAACAGUUCCUAGAAAGCUAAAGAAGGAAAAGUAGCAUUCCUACAAAUUAACUUUAGUGCAUGAUAUAAAGACUGCAAGGGGUGUUCUUCCUGAGGGCUUUUCUCGGAUGAAGCUACAUUUCUACUAAACGGUCAUGAAAAUCGUCAAACAGAGAAAGUUAAUGUUUGGAUGGGAAUAAUAGAUAACAUGAUUAUCGGACCAUACUUUUUCGAAGAUUAAGGUCCUGGAUAUUUAGAAUUUCUUCAAAACUUCUUGCUACCUGAAUUGAAUCGGCUGUUUUCAACCAGAAAUGAUUCAUGGCUGCAGCAAGAUAAUGCGCCUCCACACUAUGCUGUAUUGCUGUGCAACUAUUUGAACAACGUCUUUCCAAAUCCAAGAGAAUGGCCCCUAGGUCACCUGAUUUGACUCCGAAGGUUCGAGAAGAGUUCUCAUUGUAUUUUAGCUGAAGGUAAACAAUUUGAGCACUUAAUAACAAGUUUAUUCCUUUCAUUUGCACCAUACUAUUUUUUCACUACUAACUACACGCUGUAUAAUCGUUAAUUUUUUUUAACAAAUGUUUACUUUUAAAAGUUUUAAUAUUGAUUCAUCAAAUUAACAUAUAUGUUAAUAAUUAAUUUGCGGAAUAUUAUGCAAUUCAUCUUUUUUUUCUAAAUUCACACCGUGUUGAAUUUGUUUAUUAUCUUUACAUUACUAAAGGACUAUUGGAUUAUCUAAUAGUGUAAAUAAAAAAUCGAUUUCUCAUCACGCGAAAAAGAAAAUAAACAUUUUCGUAACACCCAAUAUUUGCUGUAAUUAAUUAAUCUUUUAACGGAUUUUUUUUAAAGUCCUUGAUACUAAUAAAACCGUUAUGAAAAGUAGGUGAAAUGACUAUAUCAUUAUAUCGCAACUAUAUUUAGCACUGAUGAGUUUAUUAAUACUUCACGGCACACGCAAAUUUGUUUAUAAAAGCUACAGUCGAUUUCGGACGAAAAUUACUAAUCAAUGUGUGUUUGAAUUCAAAUUAUAAUGAAAUUUUAUUGAUUUUAUUAGAGAAUUGAGGAAAUUUAAUAAGAUUAGACGUAAUUUUACGAUUUUUGAAUAUAAAUCUCACUUGGAAAGUAAUUACACUCAACUGCUUAUUAUUUUUCAAGAAGAUUUUGAAGAUAUUUAAACGGAGAAAGCUAUAUCAGAAAAGAAGAAUUUACACCUGUGCACAAUCUAUCAAGAAAAAAACCUUCGAUACAAUAAAUAGAUUAGACCUAUAGAAUAUAUUAGAACAGAAAGGAAUGAACCAAAACAUAAUUAAAAGCAUUAGAAACCUGGAUGGAAACAAAAAUUAUGACAGACCGUAACACAUCAAGAAAAAAGAUUAUUUGGAACAAAUAAUCGCCUCAUCAUCAGGAAAUAAACAAAUAAAUCAGCUGAAUGAUGGCAGUAGAAUUAGAUAAAGAAAUAACAAAAAGAAUAGCAAACGAAGGAAAACUAUUUAAAAACAUAUUUUCUAGAGAACAAUAGAAUAAGACUAGAAAUUAUGGCUUAGAAACAUGGUCAACGACACAAAAAAAAAAUGCCAAUAACGGAAAUGAGAUUCCUUCGGAAAAUUGGGACGAAAACCCGAUUAGACUAAAAUAGAGACUAAACAUGAAGAUAAUCAAUUGGGAUUUCAAGAAGAAUAUUAGAUUCCAGAACAAUAAGGUAGAUAAAUAGAGAAAGACCCGAAUGGACGGAAUCAACAAACAGAAAGAAGCAACUAAACGAGUUAUUACAGAAAGAAAUGGAAAUAAUGUUGGAAGAAAGCCUUGUUAAAAAAAGAAACUCAACACCACGUCUUACACAGAAAAUACGACAUUAUAAAGAAAGAUUCAAAAGGCAGCAAGGAGCUAACUUAUAUCUUCCUGGUAGUUUUGUGACCGACAAUGAAGAUGCGGAAUCAGGUCCUUGGCAGGAAUGGUCAGCCCCGAGCCCUUGUUCUAGAACAUGCGGUGGAGGUGUAUCGACGCAAUCCAGGAAAUGUAUAGAAGGAUACGAUUGCGUUGGACCUUCAGCUAGAUAUUUUUCGUGUAACACACAGGAUUGUCCUGAUAACGCAGACUACAGAGCGCAGCAAUGUGCCGAACACAACAAAAUAUUGUUCGAAGGAGUUUACUACGAAUGGUUGCCGUAUACAAAAGGACCAGUUCCUUGCGAGUUGAAUUGUAUGCCCAAAGGAGAAAAGUUUUAUUACAGACACGCUGAUGCCGUAGUUGAUGGUACCAGAUGUACCGACGAAGGAUAUGACGUUUGUGUACGAGGAAAAUGUCAACCUGUAGGAUGUGACAGGAUGUUAGGAUCACAAGUAAAGGAAGACAGAUGCCGUGUAUGUGGAGGAGACGAUUCUAGUUGUAAUACAUUUACAAAUAUAAUAACAAUGAAAGAUAUGCAAAGGGGAGUUAAUGGAAGUCAAAAUGAUAGAGGAUACAAUGAUAUUCUCCUUAUUCCCGCUGGCGCGACAAAUAUUAAAAUCGAAGAACUGGCUUCAUCGAAUAAUUAUUUAGCUGUUAGAAACACAUCGGGAUAUUAUUAUUUGAAUGGUAAUUGGAUGAUAGAUUUUCCUAAAUCGAUCGACUUCGCUGGUACUAAAUUUAAAUAUGAUAGAAUCUCUCAAGAAAUCGACGCGCCGGAUAAAAUAUCAGCUCUCGGACCAACAGAUGAAUCCUUAUUCAUUGUUCUCCUCUAUCAAGACGGAGACGUACCAGUGAGUUACACUUACAGUUUACCAACUAUGGUACCGCCUCCACCCAACGAAACUUAUGCCUGGAUAUACGAUGAAUACACACCGUGUUCGGUAUCCUGCGGUAAAGGUAAUCAGAGUAGGAAUGUGAGUUGUGCCGAAAGAAACUCAUUGAAACCAGCUUCAGAAUCACUUUGCGAAGGUAACAGUAAACCAGAGUCCUCAAGAAUGUGCAAUGAGAUAGAUUGUGAAGCUAAUUGGGUACUAGAAGAAUGGACUAACUGCUCAGUACCUUGCGGAAAACAAGGUGGCGUUCAAAAGAGAAAAAUCGUUUGUAAGAAAAUUACCGCUAAUGGAACGGAAAUAGUCGUUGAUAAUAAAGAAUGUUCUAAAGAGUCGCAACCUGAAGAAGAAAGACCGUGCAACGUUGAUACAUUAUGCCCGAAAUGGUAUCUCGAGCCUUGGAAACCGUGUGAUCACCUUUGUGGCGAUGGUAAACAAACAAGAGGCAUCACUUGUUACAUGGAAGACAAAGAAAGGAGGAAGAAAAUUCUACCGAAUGCUGAGUGCGAAAAAGUAUUACCGAAACCGGAAACCGAAAAACCAUGCUUUAUUAGGCCCUGCGAGGGUGUUGACUGGAUCACGUCAGAGUGGUCAGGGUGUACAGCUUGUGGUUUAACCCAAGAAACGCGGAAGGUAUUGUGCGCCACUGAAAAUGAAAAAGUUCAACCCGAUGAACUGUGUAAUCCCGAUAGAAAACCAGAAGCUAUAAGGGAAUGCGCCUCAAAUCCUUGCUUAUAUCUCUGGUAUGCAGGACAAUGGAGUGAGUGUUCGGUAACAUGUGGACGAGGUGUUCAAACCAGAGUCAUUUUCUGUGGAAUUUCUACACCAAAUGGCGUCGAAAAAGCUGAUGAAUCGAAAUGUGAUCCAUCAAAACAUUUUGACACAACGAGGAAUUGUACUGGAGAAAAAGAAGAAUGCGAUGGGGAGUGGUUUAGUGGUCCAAUGGGAGAGUGCUCUAGACCCUGUGGAGGCGGACAAAGAACCAGAAAAGUCGUCUGCAUCAAAGAUUAUCAAGUUGUUCAUCCUUCAGCUUGUGGUUCUGACAAAAUUGUAUUCUCAGAAGAAAAAUGCAACGAAGAACCUUGUUCUGAAGACACCUUAAUGCCAAAGGAUAUAACUCAUCCCGUCGAUGAAUCAGAACCAACUAAAGAAUAUUCUGGAAAGAGAGAAGUCACAACAACACCUCUUACAACAGAAUGGAGGUCAGACGAAACUACAAUAUUUGAAAUAACCACAAGUUCAAGCAUAACAUCUACCGAUUCAGACGAAUAUGAAAUUGUGCCAGACACUAACUGUGAUGAUGGCGAAUGGGUUGAAGAAAAUACAGAAAACGAGAAAGAAAAAUCGCAAAGCGUUGACGAUAAGAUGCAAGCUGAUGAAGAAAUAAUGCAAGGAGAUGAUCCUUUCGCUUCCGAAGAUUUAAUGAUGGGUGAUCAACCAUUCGAAGGAUCCGGUGAAACAACUUACGGAACAGAUUCCACGGAUACCUCUUAUUCCACAGAAACAACUAGUUUUACUGAAUCUACUGGUACUACAGAAGAAUUUACAGAAGAGCAACAAAGCACUACUGAUUUCUCCGAAUCAACAAUUGAAUUUACAGGCUCUACCGAUUCAUCAGUUAGCACAGAAACGGGCGAGACCGAAUCUACUACAUACUUUGCAGACUCUACAGAAUCAUCUGGUACUACAAUAGAAAAUACAGGCUCCACCGAAUCUGUCGAAACUACCACUAAAAUAACUGGUUCUACCCAACAUCUUGGUACAACAAUAGAAUCUACAACCUCCAUAGCAAUCGAAGAAUUUAAUGGUAGUGUUAUUGAAUCAGAUGUGAAUGCCGCAAUAUCUAAAGAAUCGACUGAUGAGACUACUGUUUCUACGGAACUACCAGUUACAUCAACAGAAUUUACUGAAUCCCCUGAAACAACUAUUACUGAAUCUUCUGAAACAACUAUUACAUUGCUUAGUUCAACAGAAUCUUCGGAUACUACUACAGAAAAUACAGAAUUUACAGGAUCAAGUGAAUCCACAACAGAAUUCACAGCAUCUACACAUACCUCUGAAAGCGAAACAGAUUUAACUAAAUCCACAGAAGGUUUCUUAGAAUCAACGGAAACUACUAUAGAAUUCACGGGAUCUACUGAAAUUACAACGGAAAUUACCGGUUCAACGGAUCUUUCUCAAAGUACAACAUUACUUACUGAAUCCACAGAAUCAUCUGUAAGUGUAACAACUGUCUCAUCAGAAGAAUCACCUCAGACCACAGAGGAAGCAACAGUUACCUCUACAGAGUUUACAGUAAGCACUGAAACAUCUGCAAGUACUACAGAGUUUACCCAAUCCACGGAAGAAUCUAAGAGUACAAGUGAGAGCAUAACAGAAUACCCUGAAUCAACCACUGGUUCCACAGAAUCAACCGGUACUACAGAGUUUACUAGUUCAUCCGAAUCAUCCGUUAGUACAAUGGAAACCACUGGAUCUACAGAAUCAGAAGUUACCGGUUUGACUGAAUCAUCAGCUAGCACGGUAGAAUUUACAGGAUCCACAGAAUCAACAAUUGUUACUGAGAUCACUGGCUCAACUGAAUCAACAAUUAGUACAGAGUCCACUGAAGUAACUGCAGUAUCUGGACUCACUAGUUCAACAGAAUCAUCCGCUGGCACAACAGAAUUUACAGGAUCGACUGAAUUUACAACUGAAAUUACAGGUUCAACAGAAUCUUCAGCUAGUACAACAGAAUUUACGGGAUCGACUGAAUUUACAACUGAAAUUACAGGUUCAACAGAAUCUUCAGCUAGUACAACAGAAUUUACAGAAUCAACUGAAAUUACAGGUUCAACAGAAUCUUCAGCUAGUACAACAGAAUUUACAGGAUCCACUGAAUUUACAACUGAAAUUACAGGUUCAACAGAAUCUUCAGCUAGUACAACAGAAUUUACGGGAUCCACUGAAUUUACAACUGAAAUUACAGGUUCAACAGAAUCUUCAGCUAGUACAACAGAAUUUACGGGAUCCACUGAAUUUACAACUGAAAUUACAGGUUCAACAGAAUCUUCAGUUAGCACAGUAGAAUUUACAGGAUCAACGGAAUCAUCUGAGAGUACCUCCGAAUAUACUCCAUCAACAGAAUAUUCGAGCUCCACUGAAUCAUCGUUUGGUACAACGGAAUUAACAAUGUCAACUGAAACAGUAUUUACUGAAAGUACUACAGAAUUUAGUAGUAGUACUGAAAGUACUACUUCAAUUAUGGAUAUAUUCACUUUAAAACCAAGACUAUGCAAAAGGCGAAAGAUUAAACAGUGUAGACAUACCCAAUACGGAUGCUGUUGGGAUAACAUCACACCUGCUCAAGGACCAUUCGAUAAAGGAUGUCCUAUUCCUCGUACUUGUAAAGAAUCUAAAUUCGGUUGUUGUGAAGAUGGAGUUUCACCCGCUCUUGGAUCCAAAUUUGCAGGAUGUCCUCGUUAUCCCUGUAAUGAAACUCUAUUUGGAUGUUGUCCCGAUAAUAAGACAGUUUCCCAAGGAAAUGAUAAUGAAGGUUGCCCUCCAGUUUGUCUAAGUUCUAAAUACGGUUGUUGCAGCGAUAAUGUAACUGAAGCUACAGGACCUCAUCAUAAAGGAUGCCCAGAAGAUACUACAACAUUAGAGCCAACAACUGAAUCAGUAACAGAAACUACCAUAUCUACAGUUUCUACCGAGGAAACAACAACUACGUCCGGAUCUACUGAAAGUAGCAUACCUACAGAGAUGACAUAUUUGUCCACUGAAGUUUUAACAGAAACAACUACAGCCGUAAAUUGCAACUUAACUCCAUACAGAUGUUGUCCAGAUGGAAUCACUACAGCAGAAGGACCUGGUUUUCAAGGAUGUGGUUUGCCUUGUUCAGAUACUACAUUCGGUUGUUGCCAGGAUGCUAAGACUCCUGCACAUGGACCAAGUGGAGAAGGAUGUUGUUUAUCUUCGCGUUUCGGUUGUUGUCCAAAUGAUAUUACACCAUCUAGAGGACCAAAUCAAGAAGGUUGCGAAUGUGUACAUUCUCCAUAUGGUUGUUGUCCCGAUAACAAAACUUCUGCACGUGGUUAUGAUAAUGAAGGCUGCGGUUGCCAAUUUACCCCUCAUGGUUGUUGCCCCGAUAGCCUUACAACAGCUACAGGAGCAAAUUACGCUGGUUGUCCCUGUUAUACUUUCCAAUUUGGCUGUUGUCCGGAUGGUAUUACUAUUUCUGAAGGACCUCGUUACCAAGGUUGCGGCUGCAGAAAUACCGAGUUCGGAUGCUGUUCUGAUGAAAAAACUCCUGCAUCGGGACCUAAUGGAGAAGGAUGUACCUGUGAAAAUAGUAAAUUUGGUUGCUGUAUUGAUGGUGUUACUGAAGCUAAAGGUGAAAACUACGAUGGAUGUACUGACACUCCUAAAAACCUUCAAGAAGGGUGCGGAAUGCCAAAAGAAAGAGGCAAAUGCAGAAACUUCACUGUGAAAUGGUACUUCGACAUGGAUUACGGCGGUUGUUCUAGAUUUUGGUAUGGUGGUUGUGAUGGUAACGAAAAUCGCUAUAAAUCCAAAGAAGAAUGCGAGGACAUUUGUGUCCAACCGAGAGGAGCAGAUCGAUGUAAACUACCAAAAGUAUCGGGUCCGUGCGAAGGCUAUUUUCUUAAUUGGUAUUACGACAAAAAUUUCAAAACGUGUACACAAUUUGUUUAUGGCGGAUGCCUCGGUAACAAUAAUAGGUUCGAAACUAAAGAAGAAUGUAUGAAUACCUGUGCUGUUGACACUAACCCAGAUCCUUGUCGACAGAAGAAGGAACCAGGUCCUUGUAAGGGUACGUAUCAACGUUACUACUUUGAUAACGAUCUUGAAGAAUGCCAAGAAUUUAUAUAUGGAGGUUGUAAAGGGAAUAGAAAUAAUUUUGUAACGCUCGAAUCGUGCAAACAACAAUGUGCUCCCGCAGGAAAAAGGAAGGAUCUCUGCUCGUUACCAAAAUCUGAAGGUAAUUGCACGGACAUAUUAGCGACUUGGUAUUAUGAUACAUCGAGGAAAAAUUGUGCACCAUUCUAUUAUUCCGGUUGUUACGGUAAUCUUAACAAUUUCGAAACUAGAGAAGCAUGUCAAAGCAACUGUCCACCUGAAAUUGAAAUGGAUACGUGUCACCUUCCUGCUAACCCCGGGGAGUGUUCUAAUUACGUCGGCAGGUGGUAUUACGAUACAAGAACGAAAUCAUGUCGCCAAUUCUAUUAUGGAGGUUGUGGAGGAAACGGAAAUAACUUCGAGACACAACAAAUCUGUGAACAAAUAUGUGAAAAGAAAGAAGGUAAACCAGCUUUAACUUCUACAACUCCACAGCCACAACCAUCUCCUCCGCCGUCAUUUACUGUGGAUAUGUGCUUCCUUCCAAGCGAUUCUGGUCCUUGUUUAGCCUCUUUUAGAAAGUAUUACUACGACUCUAGAGAUGGAGUUUGUAAAGAAUUCAUUUAUGGUGGUUGUCUAGGAAAUGGCAAUAACUUCGACUCUAUUGAACAAUGCCUAGGAUAUUGUCGAAACGCACAAGAUCAAUGUAGUUUACCUCCGGUCCGUGGACCUUGCGACAAUGACUAUCUGGCAUAUUAUUAUGAUAAAACAACUGAUUCAUGUCAACAAUUUGUAUACGGAGGUUGUUCUGGUAAUACAAAUAUGUUCCGAGAUCAAGAAUCUUGUGAAACAACUUGCAAGAAGAUUCCUGAACCUCCACCAACGUAUACUCAAGCACCAACAACUGCCACUGAUGCUCUUAUGUGUUUCCAACAACCGGAUCAUGGAAAUUGUACGGACAGAUUUACAGCUUUCUAUUAUGACAGCGUUCAGCAAAAAUGUCUACCAUUUAUGUAUACUGGUUGCGGAGGAAAUAGUAACCGUUUUAACAGCGAAGAGCAGUGCCAGAGACAAUGCGGAACUUUCAAAGACCAAGAUGUCUGUAAUCUACCUAGAGAUCCGGGACCGUGUAGAGGUUACUUUGUUAAAUAUUAUUACGAAAGAUCAACUGGACGUUGCGAACAAUUUGCAUACGGAGGUUGUCAGGGUAACGGAAAUAGGUUUAGUUCCGAAGAAGAAUGUUCUCAUAUUUGUAUAACUCACGAAGAAAAGAAACCGAAUGUACCGGCUAGUGUAUUGUGCAGAUUACCAGUAGAUCAAGGUUCUUGCAACAUGUACCAACACAAGCGUUGGUAUUUCAAUGAUACCAAAGGAGAAUGUAUAGCUUUUAUUUACUCCGGCUGCGGAGGCAAUUUCAACAAUUUCAAAUCAUAUCAAUAUUGUCUUGAUUAUUGUAAAGAACUUUUGAUUGUUCCUGAAACGCAACCAGUUACUACUCAAAUGCCAGAACAUCCUUGCCAAGCUGCUUUCGAUGAGUGUACAACUCUGAGAUGUGCUUACGGAGUAGAACCAUUCGUAGAUGAAAAUGAAUGUAAUAGAUGUCGCUGUCGCGAUCCUUGUAUGGAAAUAGAAUGUCUUCCGGACGAACAAUGCGCCAUUGACAUUAAUAUAAACAAGACGUCUCCUCAAGAUGCCGAUUUCAUAGCGAUUUGUAGAAAACAAAUUAAACCGGGAACUUGUCCUCAGCUUGAUAUAAGUGACAAUAACUGUGAAGUUGAAUGUAGAAGUGAUGCCGAUUGCGCCUUACAAAUGAAAUGCUGUUCUACUGGAUGUGGUACUGCUUGCGUCGAUCCGCCCGCACAACUUGUUACGCAAGAACCACCUGUAAUAACCGUAGGCCAAAUCGACGAGUACCAACCGCCACACGUUGAUCCAAUUGUAUAUAAACCUGAAGUUUCGGCAUUAAUUGGUGACCAAGCAACACUAAGAUGCGCCGUUUCCGGUAAUCCGAAUCCAAGAAUUCGAUGGAGCAAAGAUAAUAUCGAGAUUGAUGGUACUCAACCGAGGUAUAGAAUCAAACUUGAUCAAUCGCUUCAAAUCAUUACUUUACACAAGACUGAUUCCGGUAUUUAUCUAUGCACCGCUUCGAACGGUGUUGGCCAAUCUAUAACGAAUCAAGUUAAACUUGAAGUUAUUGAAUCUGAACCUAGGCCUGUAACAAUGUUGUCGGAACAAGGAGAUCAGCCAGUAGUGGUAUCCCUUAAUGAUCCUACUACCUUGAACUGUAUGGUCCUCGGUUAUCCUUUUCCUACAGUUACUUGGUGGAAAGACGAUUCUAUGAUUCCAUUCAAAAACUCCGAAUAUGAGAUAAGCAAAGAUUAUUCUUUACUGAUACACUCGGUAAGGCUACAAAAUUUGGGAAUAUACACUUGUCAAGCUUACAACGGUUAUGGCAAAGCCGCUAGUUGGUCAGUAACAGUCAAAGCUAGAGGCCCCGUUCAUUUUUCAAACCCAGACGAUUUUAAAUAUAAUAAAUGGAUUAUAAAUGAGGAAGGAAUCGCAUUUACAACUACUACCACCACUACUACAACAACAGCUGCACCUAUUUUGGCAACCACUUCGUUCUGGGAUAUGCCAGAUACUCCCUUACCCCCUAUUUUACCUCCUUAUACAGAACCUUCAAACUACAUUGUUACUGAUCCGAUACCAGAGCCAGGCGGAAGAGAACCACCACCAAGUACGAUUGUGCCGGUGAGAGCUAAUAUUACUAGCAACGACCAGAGGUAUCCAGUGGGCAGCGAUAUUGAACUACCAUGUGAAUACGGAGGAUCACCUACACCCCAAGUGCAAUGGUACAAAGAUGGAGUGGCGAUACAUGAAACAGGAAAAUUACAUAUUAGUGAAACUGAUGGAAUGAGUAUGUUAACCAUAGAACAAGCUAUCAAGGCGGAUUCAGGUUCUUACCAAUGCGAAGCCACAAACGCUUAUUCUAGAGCUUCCAGUAUGUUAGAAAUUUCCAUUGAAGGAAUGUAUAUACACCCGAGCUGUAUUGAUAACCAAUUCUUCGCCAAUUGUGCCUUAAUUGUAAGGGCCAACUAUUGCAGUCACAAAUACUACGCCAAAUUCUGCUGCAGAUCGUGUACAGAAGCAGGUCUUCUACCUAUCGACGGUCCUCAUAUCCACAAAAAGAAGAGGCACAACGUUAUUGAAAAUAAUUUAGAAUAAUGAAUUUUUCACUAGUCUUUUAAUUUAACAAAAAAAAUCACACCCAAGAAACUUCAAUAAGUAAUAAUUUCAAAGAGUAGUAGACACUAACAUUCAUCACAUGUUGUAAGUUGGUCUUAUUAACAGUUUUGAUUUAUUUGAAAAAACUAUUUUCCGUUGUUUUAUCUACUAGUACAUCGUCGCUUUAUUUGUAAAUUUUGUUUAAUACUUUUCUAAAACGACAAUUAUUUGGUUUAUACUACUAAUCCUGACGCUCCAAGUAUGCCGUUGAAUGUACUCAUAAUUAAAAGUAUAUCAAUCUACAAAAAGACAUUUAAAUUUUUAAUAUAUUAUAGAGGUUUACCGACAAAAAAUAGAUGAAAAUGGGCGCCAAAAUUCAAGAAAAAAAAAUGAUGGAGCUUAUGGUAAGAUAGAAAACGUUCUGAAAGUGAAGUAGAAACCUACACACUCACAAUCGAAAAUAAAUUGAGAAGAAGAAAUACCUCGUUAUGUGAAAUUUUAUAAUAAAAAAAUUUAUGUUCGAUCUAUUAACCUAAUAAAUCCUGGCAGCUAAAUUCGCUGAUAUCAUUUCUUUAAAGUUAAGUCUUGAAAUCCAUAUAACACUGAUUUGAAUUGAUUACAUUCCAGUCACUCGAUUUACUUUACUUCAAUUCAAUAUUUUGUAGCUGUAUUUGGUCGACGAUGUCCUUAAUCAAGUAUUCUGCAACUGGAGCUGAUUAAUAUCUUUGCUCAUAGCUUGAUUUGGUUGAUGAUAUCCUCCAGUAUUCCGCAGCCUCAACUGGUCCAUGAUAUAAUUGAUCAAAUAUCUAUGAUAUUCUUUCUCCAGUAUUCUGUAGCAACAGCUGAUCAAUGAUAUCCUCAGUCAAAUAUUCUGUAUCUAGAUUUGCUCGGAUGCUAUGUUUGCUCCAAUAUUUUGUUGCAUCACCUUGCCGAUUAUAUCUUUAAUCAAAUAUGCCGUAUCUUGAGCUGCUCUAUAAUAUCCUUGAUCAAGUAUUCUGCAACUAGAGCUGGGUGAUCUUCUGCAGUUUAACUUGGUCAAUGAUAUCCUUCAGUAUUCUGUAGCUUUAGAUGUUCAAUAAUUGAUUAAAUAUGUUGUAGCUUGAGCUGAUCUAUGACAUUCUUUCUCCAGUAUUUUGUAGCUUCAACUGAUCGAUGACAUCCUUGAUCAAAUAUUCUAAAGCUUGAUCUGUUUGAUGAUGUCUUUGUUUAAAUAUGUUGUAGUUUGAUUUAAUCUAUGAUAUCCUUCCAUCAGUAUUCUGGAGCUUCACCUGGUUGUUGAUACUCUUGAUUAAACAUUCUCUAGAUUAAUUUGGUCGAUGAUAUUCUUGCACUAAUAUACUGUAAUCUAAGCUGUAGUAAAACAACGGCAAAUACGUGUUUACUUACUUUGUACUUAUUUGGAAAACUACUGCAAUUUGAAAUUACAUUUCUUGGAAUCUUGAUAAGUCUUUGGAAGCAUAAUGAAUUGGCUUCUUUAAAAUACUCCAGAAAUCAUAUCUUAGAUUAUGAUGUGGUAUAAAAUUUGUUAUUUCAGUUAUCAAUUAUAUUUUGGAGAUAACGAAUUGUUAUCUUAAAAAAACAUUGUGCAAUCUACUUAAUUUUUUGUAUAUAUAUUUUUAAAUGAUAUUUAUAAAAAUGCCUUUGUAAAAAUGUGUUCAAUACAUUGAAAAAGUAAAAAAAAAUUAAAGUAAA